GCCGGGUGAAGGCAUGCGUACGCGCAACUCAGUGUUGCCGCGCAUUUCAACCGGUGCAUACGCAUAGGGUAGACUAUCACGCACGGGUCGAUGACUCUACCGACAUGCGAAUUUCAUUGAUACGGAUUUAUUUUGAUUAAUGAGUGUUUAUGUAAUGAGUUGUUCCAAUUACACGUUUAAGACAUAAAUUUAAAAAAUAAAGCAAAAUGAAUGCGAACAUUUUGUUAUUUAUUGCUAUUAGUUUCGUGCCUGUGGUUUUAUCGAAAGCUGGGAGGUAUGCUAGGCUUCAAACUGACCCAUUGUCAAAGACGAGAUGUGAUCUCAUUUGCCAGGACGCGAGCAAGGAAACUAAAACUAAGUGUCGCGCAGAAUGCCGCGCUAAAGAGCAGAAGCCUGGCACUUGUCCAAUAUCAGACAACCCGAGGUGGCUCGCCGCGUGCGUGGAGGCUUGCAAUCAGGAUUCUCAGUGUGAUGGAACCCAGCGGUGUUGCAAGCAUGGCUGCAGCUCAGCCUGCAACGAGCCUGUGGACUUAUUGACAUUGCCAGGUCUUCCUGCAUUACCAAAAGUAGAAGAGGCGAAAGAAAGGCGAAAGUCGGUCUUGGUGAGGUGGUCUGGUGGAGUUGGGGAUUCGGCGAGAGCUGUACCAGGCAGAGUGCUCUAUCUUCUAGAGGAACAGCAUCAUCUCGGACCCAAGUACGAGGAAGCGAGACUGGGAGACUGGAACUUGAUCACGAGGACUAAUAAGACAAAGGUCUCCUUGAAGAACUUGCUGAAACCAGGCCGCUGGUACCGUUUUCGAGUAGCAGCUGUAAGUACGGCUGGGAGCAGAGGGUUUUCGGAACCUAGCGCUCCCUUCACCCCACGGAAAGGACCCAGGCCACCACCACCGCCGAAGAAGUUGAAAGUACAACCAGUGCGAACUGAAAAUGGAACCGUCACAAUAAAACUGGAGUGGAAGGAGCCCCGAUCCGACCUACCAGUGAUGAAAUAUAAAGUAUUCUGGAGCAGACGAGUCCGGGGGCUAGGUGGAGAAUUGGAUUCCGUGCUGGUCAAUCACCAGACUGUACCAAAGGACCAACAUUCUGUGGAAAUAAAGGAUCUGCAACCGAAUUCUCUAUAUUUCCUCCAAGUUCAAACUAUAAGUCUUUUUGGUCUGGGAAAACUUAGAAGUGAUAAGGCGGCCAUUUUUUACAAUACAACCGCAACUGAAGAGCGCCGGCCAGAACCAUUGCUGAAGCGCAAGGAAGAAAAGAAAAUUAAAGGUGUAAGACUUAAUCGUUUUUUGUGGGAAGAUCAUAAGAUCAAGGCGAGGAUAACUUGGCAAACUGUGGCCAAUAAAGACCAACAGCCGAAGAGAUUCUAUGUACACUGGAGAACCUUCAAGUGUCACCAUCCUAUAAGAGAAAUGAAAAAUCUAUCAGCGAUUACUGAGCUGACGAGUUUCGAAAUCUACGAACUAGACUAUCACUGCAGUUACAAAGUGAAUGUAAACGCAUCUGGGAAUACUAUAAGUCCGGAUUCAGAAUUCAUACUAACAGUGCCUUCAUGUGAAUACUUCCAACGGAAAAUAAAUACAACAAUUCAUUGUAAGACCUGAUGAUAAGUAUUAGUUACUUAGGCUGUUGUAUUAAACUAGGUGCAAGAACUAUUACGGUCGAAGUAAGUCUUCGAUACUUAUUGUAAUUAUGUAGUUACAGUUCGGUAAUAAUUUAAUUGUUUUAAAGCUACUUAAAUACUGUAAUGAAGUUAAACGCACCCAAUAAAAAAGACUAAAAAUAACUAAGAAUAUUUACGGUGUAUUCAUCAUUAAUUUAAGGUUAUGUACGUUAAUUUUAUG